UUUUGUAGUUAUUUAAAGCGCGUUUUGUUUGGUUGUUAAAUGAUUUCCGUUACGUUGUUUUCUUUUAUGCAAGUUGGGAUCAAAAGUAUGCGUCAUUUCUAGUUAUCUGCUAAAUAUGGAUGAUGUCAGUAAUAUUAUAAAUUUUGAUAUUAAUGAAAAUCAUUCUAUUCUUGCAAAUAUUAAAAUCAAUGAUAAUAUUUUAAAUGGAAGUGCAGAGCGGUCAACUACAGAGUCUAUGGCAUUCUUUGAGAGCAGCCCAUUGGCUGAAAAACAAAUAUUGACAAGCGUCAGUGACAAUUUUAAAAAUGAAGAGCGGAAUAUCAGUUUCGAAGAAGUUUCGGCUGGAUUUGCGUCUAAUAAUUCUGAAGAAAAUAUUUCUCUUUUAUCGUUAGAAGCCGUAACGUCUAAAGCCGAGAGUAUUAAUAGCUCUAGUAUUGUAAAUGGAACUUCAUCUAGUAUCAAAACUAGUAACGAUAUUUCAUUUAAUUCUGUACAAAAUAAUUCAGAAUGUGUAAAUGAGUUUGAAAGCGAUUCUUAUUCUAAAUCUUGUCCAAGUUUGAAUGAAAUUUCCGUAGGAAAUGUUAAUUUCCUACCGGAUGCUUUAUCUGAUGAAGCCGUUUGUGAUAAUACUGUACAAUGUCAGAAAAUGUCAAUGUCGGAAAUGGAAAACAUUGAUUCUAUUUCAACAUGUGUUGAAGAAUUAAAACAUGAAAAAAAUAACUCUUGCGUUGUUGUACCAGAUUUGGUAGAUUUUUCCUUCAGAGAACAAGAAAAUGUUACCGAUGAUUUACUUGGAAGUUUUACCGGUAUUGAUUCUUUAUCUAAACAACCCAAACCUGUCUUAAAUGAUAAUCUUGAAGAAAUUUCUGAUAAUAAUCCCGCUGUGCUUGAAGGAAACAAGCCUAUAAAUACAUCUGCAGAAUUCUUCGAAAAUGAAUGUGCCAAUAAAAGACCUAUCUGUCCUUCAGCUAAUCAUUCUGAUGAAACUGCAACAGCAGCUGCUGCUAAAGAUUAUACCUUUGUAUUAGACUACUCUACAAAUGAUUUCCCUUGCAGAGAGUCCGAGAAUGCUAGAAAAGAAUCUGUUAGUAAUGCUCUAACAAUUGAUAAUAUAUCUAUAGAGCUUGAAAAAUCUAAUAAAGCUACUGAUGAAGUUUCUAUAAUUGAUUCUGUUAAGCUUGAUGUUGCAAUUAAUAAUGAAUAUUCGGAAGUUGGCAAUGAUGAAGCAGCCUUCCAAGUACAUCAAAAUAUUUCUGCUAAUGUAUCAAAUGAAGUCUCGCCUUUGAAAGUAGAAAAGGUUUCGUUUGAUAUGUCUGAUAAACCUGUUGAGGAAUUUUCUGAUAUUGCAGCAGAUGAAGGAUGUAAAGGAGGAAACAGUGAUGAAGUAGCCGUCCAAAUGUCUGGAAAUAUUUCUAAUUAUGAAACUGGAGAAGUUUCUUCUUUGAAAGUAGAAAAAAUUUUGUUUGAUACAUCUGAUAUACCUCUUGAGCAAACUGUUGAUACUGAUUUUGCAUUUAAAAUGCCUGAAAUUCCAUCAAAUAAUCUAUUGGAGCAGUUUUCUGAUCCUGAUUUUGAAUUUAAAGUGCCUGAAGUUCCGUCCAGUAAUCUUUUUAGAAAUCCUGACUCUGUUUUCAAGACACAAGAAAAUUCUUUAACUAAUGAAAAUGAUGAACAAUUUGUAGAUGCUGUUCAGUUCUUUAAAGAUCCUAAUUCUUUUCAAUUUUUGGAAAAUAUCAGAACUUCUAUUGUUCAAUCUGGAUCUCCUGUUCCUAGGUCAUCAUUGUAUGUUAACUUUGAUCCUCUCCAUUCAAAAUUUCAAAAUGCUCCAAAUCAAGAUAAUAGUGCACUGACUGUUGUUGAACAAAAAAACAAUGAUGCAUCUGCUGAAAAGUGCUGUCCCGAAGUAGUGAAAAAACAUCUUGCAGAUAUUGCUGCACGUGAAUCAUUGGGUAAUAAUAUCUUAAUUUCAUUUGACUCUCCAAAAGCUCCCGCGGGCAACGACUCAAAGAUGACAGUCCAAACCCCAUCUCCACCAAAGAUGAUCACUGAAGAAGAACAUCAGCAGAAACUUAAAAUUCAUGAAUUAGAAACUCAAGAAGCAUAUUUAAAAAAGCAAAAAGAAAUGGAAAUGCAGAUUGCAAAGCGAGAUGAACUCCUGAUGACCCAGCAAAUGAUCAUAGAAGAAAUAAGUGGAAUUUCUGCUAAAUUAUCUGAAGAAAUUAGAAAGAGUCAUGAGAAGAUAAUGUCUCUAGAAGCAGAGAAUGAGAAACUGAAAGAAGAUCUCAAAACUUCUUCUGAAGAUCUGCAAAGUGUGGAGAAUACUUUUACAGAUUUUUAUAAACGGUAUGAACAGUGCAAAGGCAUGUUAAAGUCAUUCAAGGAUAAUGAAGAGCAACUUAAGCAAACAAUUCUGGAUUUGCAAGCCAAAGAGAAGGAACAAGAGAAGAUGUACUCAUUGUUGAAGGAACGUACAGAAGAGAUGCUUGAGAAAGCAAAUGUUGAAAUGGAUAAUGUGAAACGAUCUGGUGAAGCUCAACUUACUGUUUUAAAAGCACAGUUAAAGAAAGCUGAAAUGAAAAUCUCUAGUUUAGAAAGUGAUAAUAAACAAAUCAAGAUAGAAAAUAGUCAACUGGGUGGUAUUUGUGAUGAUUUGAUGGCUAAAGUCAGUAGAUCAUAAUUAAAAAUUUCUUAAGGAAUUUUGCACUGUGCCUAAAUCGUAAAAUAAACUGAUGCCUUGUUAAUAACUGUGUGCCUGAAAACUUUUAAUUGCUGAAUACACUUAUUUAAUUGUAUCUUGUUGAAUGAAGUAUAUGACAAGAUAUUUAUUUUCCUGUUUGGUAAAUUUAGAUUUUAAAUAUUUAGUAUGGCAUUUUAUAAAGAAUUGUAGUUAUUUUAGUGUUAAAUGGAAUCAUUAAAGCCGUCCUAUUUAAUUGCUUUAUUCUUGUCCCAUUUUAGAAAUUUUUUUUAAAGUUACUGUUUUAAUAAUUCCUUAACCCUCUCGCCACCAACCAAGCCAUGCCAUUCUAUAUUUAUGGAUCAUCUUUUAGCUUCCUUUUCAAAUGAAGAAUUCAGGAUGGGAAGAAAAGCAUCAUAAGUGGUAACUUGUUUUACAUACUGCAACUCUUGUUUGAAACAGAAGCCGUCCCAUUAAUAUAGAACUUUCAUAUCCGGGUUAAUGGUGCGAGUUAAAAUUGUAAAUUUACUGUUCAAACUUUUAACUCUAUUUAUUAAAUAUGUUUGAUAUGUAUUCCUUAAAUGGCUUUUUGUAGGAGUGUUUAACUAGAUGUUUAGAUUGUUUAGCAAAAAUUUUAAAUCAUUGGUGAAAAAGAAUUUCCUUGAAGCUUAAAUUUAAGGAUAUUCAGUUUCAUUUUUUAAUUAUCUUUCAGUUUAAAACUUAUAUUUCAAUAUUACAGUAUCAAAUAUUUCUAAUGGUAUUAAAAUAGAUGCAUUGAAUUGGAUAUGUUAUAACAAAAGUUGACAUGAAAUUGAAAUAUUUUUAGAAGUAUUUAAUGUACAUAUCGGUUGUCUGUUAUUUACAUGACUUGUAAGCAUUAAAUAAAAUUUCUUUAUGGCUUUC